AUGUGUAAAGUAAUCAAGACACUAAAGCGAGCCCGGCAACCUGUCAUCACAGAUGUGAGCAUAACCUGGAAACUAGAAAAAGACUGGACUGUGCAGCAGAUCCCCUCGUCUCUUCCUCCGCUUUUCAGUGGAGACAGGCUUGUUGUUUAUGGCGUUCUGAAGGCGUCUGAAAACAAAAAAAACGGUAGCGGAGUGAAUGAAGUGAAACUCGAAGGUAACGCAGAAAAUGAUGCUCAAGUGGAUCAUAUCAUUCAGUUUGCAUCCCCCGCCAUAGAAGACAACUGGGAUACAGAUGCAAGAACCGAAGGAAGAAUCCUUCUUCAUCGGCUAGCAGCCAAGAAUUCUAUUCAAGAAAAACAAGGUGACGUCAAUGAAUUGGGCGACAGUGGGCCAAGGGUUGAGAAAGCUAAGAGCUAUGUUAUCAGCAUCAGCAAGUCGGCCAAUGUUGUAUCAAAGUUAACGUCGUUUGUGGCUGUUGACAAAGACAGCCGUGAGCCUGUAUCUGGACCGCUUCGAAAACGAGUGGCCAACUUUGCCUCAAUGAUUACGUCUGCGGCUGGUAAGAAACAAGCCUACUAUAUAAGCACGGAAACACAGUCUGCCAACAUUCCGUGGGCAGCCGGAGUUUCAUCUGGAGCUCUUCCACCUCUUCGAAAACGAAAGAAACCGCGAAGGGCCAGGAAACCCUGCCUUAGUGCUCCUCUCGUUUCCACUCAUAACCAGGAGAAGAAAGGUCAUCUGUCUGCCUUGUCAGUUAUUUCAUUACAGAAAGCGUCAGGGUCGUGGGACCUCACAGAUCAGCUGGCGUCCUUGUGCGAUGUAAGUAGAAGUGAUUUGAUCAAAGGAUGUUCAAAAGAGAUUGCAGCUGACACAGCUGAAGGAAAGCUGAUAUGGGCCACCGCCCUGGCUCUGGUGCUGCUGAUGGGGAAGUACUCGGAUCAGAAAGAUGAAUGGGAAAUGAUCGCUGAGAAAGGCAAAAAAUAUCUGAAAAAGAAUCUCCCGGGGAGUUUAACACUGGAUCAAGUGUUAGAGAGUGCAGCGAUCGCAGUGGGAGUUCAGGUCAAUACUGGACUGUGACCAGAUAAAUAAUUACCACUAUUUUACACCUUUUUCACAAUUACCUUAAGUGACAUGAAUUUGAUGUAAAACGCAAAACCUAACUCACGUCAUUACUUUAGUAGCUAAACGUAGGCUACCCGUUAAUCCAGGUUUGUCGUGGUGCUUACUCAAAUCCCAUCAGAAUAGAAUGAAAGAAAAAAUAGACUAUGUUUGAUCUGGCCGGAUAGGGACGGAAUUUUUCUUGUUAGUAGGCCGAUCCGGCCGAUCAAUUUUGGAUCAGAGGCAAGAUUCCCAGUUAGUUUAUCAUUAGUAUGAUGAUUUACGUAUACCAAUGUUUAGUGCGAACUCGGUGAUUCUGAUGAUUUUUUUACCAACUUGUUUUCAAAUUAUCUAAAGAAACAAAGAGAAAAAUCGGUCCAUGCUUGUUUCCUGCUCGUUUCGUCGUUAAGAAGUGCUUAUUUUUAAAUAGCUUAAGGCUAUUUCAUGGCCUGUGCGAGGGAGCCAGUCUGUGGUAACUUGCACAGAAGCGACAUAACGAAAGGGACUAAGAUUACCAAGGGGCCAAGAAACCCACUGGUUUUCUCUCAGUCGUUCAGUCUUUAGUCUCGCACCUUUGACAAAGAAUAAUUCAGCAGGCGUUAUAAUGUAGUGAGAAUACUUUGUCGUGUUUUUGUGAAUUGUGGGAAUUUUCACUCUCGAGUGUCAAAAGAGUUCCGCAAAUAUACCGCAGUUGGCGUGUAAAGUUACUUUAACGUAAUGCAUAGGCAAAC